AUGUACGGCAGUGCCAGAGCUGUAGGCCAUAUAGAGAGCAGCCCCGCACGGUCCCCGCGCCUGCCAAGGUCCCCCAGACUGGGCCAUCGGAGGGCCAACAGCGGGGGCGGGGGUGGUGCGGGGGGCAAGACGCUCUCCAUGGAGAACAUCCAGUCCCUCAACGCUGCCUAUGCUACUUCAGGGCCCAUGUACCUGAGUGACCACGAGGGCGUGGGCUCCACUGCCACCUACCCCAAAGGUACUAUGACUCUGGGUCGCGCCACCAGCCGGGCCAUGUACGGGGGCCGCGUCACAGCCAUGGGCAGCAGCCCCAACAUUGCUUCAGUGGGGCUGCCCCAUGCUGACCUUCUGUCUUACAGUGACCUGGGCUCCCUCUCCAUGCUGCACCCCCACCACCACCAGGGGGUGCCCUCUGCCCUGCUGAGGCAGGCGGUGCGGGGCAGUGGGGGGGAGCUGCUGGAGAUGCAGGCCCAGCUCAGGGAGAUGCAGAGGGAGAAUGAGAUGCUGCGCAGGGAGCUUGACCUGAAGGACAGUAAGUUGGGCUCUUCCACCAACAGCAUCAAGAGCUUCUGGAGUCCUGAGCUGAAGAAGGAGAGAAUAAUGAGGAAAGAGGAGGCUGCACGCACAUCAAUCCUUAAAGAGCAAAUGAGAGUCACUCAUGAGGAGAACCAGCAUCUCCAGAUGACGAUCCAGGCUCUGCAGGACGAGUUGCGCACACAGCGAGACCUGAACCACCUGCUGCAGCAGGAGAGCGGUAACCGCUCCGCUUCCGAGCACUUCACCACCAUCGAGCUGACAGAGGAGAACUUCCGUCGGCUGCAGGCCGAACAUGACAGGCAGGCCAAGGAGCUCUUCCUGCUAAGAAAGACGCUGGAGGAGAUGGAACUGAGGAUUGAGACCCAGAAACAGACACUGGGUGCCAGAGAUGAGUCCAUUAAGAAGCUGCUGGAGAUGCUGCAGAGUAAAGGGCUGCCCCCGGGGCCGGGCAGGGCGUCUGAGGAGGAGGAGCAGGAGAGAGCCAGGCGCAUUGCUGAGGCAGAGGCCCAGCUGGGACAUCUGGAGGUCAUUCUGGACCAAAAGGAGAAGGAGAACAUCCAUCUGCGAGAGGAACUGCACAGAAGAAAUCAGCUGCAUCAGGAUCCAAGCAAAACCAAGGCUCUGCAGACCAUCAUAGAGAUGAAAGACACCAAAAUUGCCUCUCUGGAGCGCAACAUCCGAGAUCUGGAGGAUGAGAUCCAAAUGCUGAAGGCAAACGGCUUACUGAACACAGAGGACAGAGAGGAGGAGAUCAAACAGAUGGAGGUCUACAAGAACCACUCAAAGUUUAUGAAGACCAAGAUUGACCAGUUGAAGCAGGAGCUGUCAAAGAAGGAGUCAGAGCUGUUGGCUCUGCAGACAAAACUAGAGACCCUCAACAACCAGAACUCAGACUGCAAACAGCAUAUUGAGGUGCUCAAAGAGUCUCUCACUGCCAAGGAGCAACGUGCUGCCAUCCUGCAAACAGAGGUUGAUGCUCUACGUCUGCGUCUGGAGGAGAAAGAGUCCUUCCUGAACAAGAAAACCAAGCAGCUACAGGACCUGACGGAGGAGAAGGGUACGCUCGCUGGAGAAAUCAGGGACAUGAAGGACAUGCUAGAGGUCAAAGAAAGGAAGAUCAAUGUCCUGCAGAAGAAGAUUGAGAAUCUGCAGGAGCAGCUGCGUGACAAAGACAAGCAGCUGGGGAACCUGAAGGACAGGGUCAAGUCUCUGCAGACAGAUUCCAGUAACACAGACACUGCCCUGGCCACCCUGGAGGAGGCGCUGUCAGAGAAGGAGAGGAUUAUAGAGCGUUUAAAGGACCAAAGGGAGAGAGAAGACAGAGAACGUCUGGAAGAAGUAGAGUCCUAUAAGAAGGAGAACAAGGACCUGAAGGAGAAGGUCAACAGCCUGCAGAUAGAAUUAACAGAGAAAGAGUCCAGUCUCAUCGAUCUGAAGGAACAUGCUUCAUCGCUUGCAUCUUCUGGCCUCAAGAAGGAUUCAAAGCUCAAAUCACUGGAGAUUGCCAUUGAGCAGAAAAAAGAGGAGUGUAGUAAGUUGGAGACCCAGUUACAGAAGAAAGCCCACGAGGUGGAGCAGCAGUCGAGCUCCAGAGGGAACCCAGACUACGUGGACAGAGUGAAGCUGCUGGAGAAGGAGGUGAGCUACUACAAGGACGAGGCCAGCAAGGCUCAGACAGAGGUGGAGAGACUCCUGGACAUCCUGCGAGAGGUGGAGACUGAAAAGAAUGACAAGGACAAGAAGAUUGCCGAGUUGGAAAGGUAACUAACUCUGACUUUCUAGAGAAGCAAAGACCAGACUAAGAAGGGUUCAAACAUCAAACUGGGACCACAAGGGGACAAGAAAGGCUUAGGACAGGACCCUCGUAAGGACACCUCCAUGGAUAGUGGCCACCACUUAAAGCUGGAGGAGCUGAUGAACACACUGGAAAGGACAAGGCAGGAGCUGGAUGCCACCAAGCAGCGUCUCUCCUCCACACAGCAGUCUCUGCAGGAGAGGGACACCCACCUCACCAACAUGAGACAAGAGCGCAGGAAACAGCUGGAGGAGAUCCUGGAGAUGAAACAACAGGCUCUGCUGGCAGCCAUCAGUGAGAAAGAUGCUAAUAUUGCACUGCUGGAACUGUCUGCCUCUAAUAAAAAGAAGACCCAGGAGGAGGUGCUGGCCCUCAAGAGGGAGCGGGACAAACUGAUGCACCAGCUCAAACAACACACACAAAGCAGAAUGAAGCUAAUAGCCGACAACUAUGAAGAUGAGCAAUAUCAUCCACAUGGUCCUCACCACCCCCACCAUCACCGUGGAGGGCCAGCCCGAGGACCCCCACAUGCUGGUCACCGCCCCUCCCCGGACCAGGAUGACGAGGAGGGCAUUUGGGCAUAAUCCUUGCUGUGACAACCAAAGCUCUAAUGUUGUUUUGAGGGAUGAUUCAGUCACUACUGGAAGAGCACAGCCAUGCCAUGAUGUUGAAACACUACUACCCAACCAAACAUUUGUUAUCGCCACUCUAUCAGCACUCAGCAAUGGGACUUUUGUUUAUUUUCCGGGAAAGAGGAAGGUGCGCUCAGGUGUGCAGGUCAUGUGGGGAGGCUGACAGCUGGGCAGGGUGACCUGGGACCUCUUCUUCGUGUGAACAGGAGCAGAUGUCGGCCACUUUCUCCGUACAAAUCACAGAUGCGGGACUGAAUUAGAUAGAAAGAGGCAGAUGUUGAAGUGCUCUGUGUCAGAUUGUUAGUUUGAACAGGCAUGCCCUGCAUCAGAGGUCUCACAGAGGUCACCUCACCUGUCUGUCACCUGCUUCAGACCAACAACGCCCUCUUGAUCCUCCCAGCAGAAAUCUCAUGACUGUCUGCCAGCCUAGUUUUUAUUUUCCUCAUCCUUUUUCUUUUAGUUGGUUCAAGAUCAUGGUUGUCUUGCUGUCUGUUUCACCUGCCUGACUGACUCCUCUGGCUCUGGUUGGCUCCCCUGCUUGACUAUGUCAUGGUUUCUCGAUCCUCACUGCCCUGCUGACCCCACCUGGUGACAUCUGACCCCUCUGCCUGGCUAUCAUGACCCUCAGUGUGCAGAGUCUCUUUUGUUUUAUUCACCUGGUUGUGGCACCCAAUAACUUUUUUUUACCUUUAUCAUACCCCAAAUCACCCCUUUCUAGAGAACCUCAUGUUCAGCACCUCUAAAAAAAAUUAUGUAUUGUCCCUUUACUU